AGUGUCAGAGAGGCCGUGAAUUCUGUUUGGAGGUAUCUUUGAGCUCGCUUAGAUGCCAUGAGCAAAGCUCACCCUCCUGAGUUGAAAAAAAAAAUUAUGGACAAGAAGUUAUCAUUGAAAUUAAGUGGUGGAAGCCAUGGCCAAGGAAUAUUGCAGGGAUUUGAUCCCUUUAUGAAUCUUGUGAUAGGUGAAUGUGUGGAGAUGGCAACUGGUGGGCAACAGAACAACAGUGGAACGGUGGUAAUACGAGGACAUAGUAUCAUCAUGUUAGAAGCCUUGGAACGAGCACAAAGAAUGGCUGUGUUUACCAGAGAAAUCAACUGCUUCCAUAUGUCCCCUCUCCUCAGCACCUGCUUCACUACAAUAUAA